AUUGCCAGAUAAACACGCUGUUUGCUACAUAUCGUUCGGGACCGUUUCCCGACGUUCGCAACAUAAAUAUUUCUAGCGUUAACCAAACGGUAAGAUACAAGUCUCGACAAUACUAACGAGCGACGAGGAACUGACACCGUUAGUUCACUUCGAAAACUCGACUGAUCGAAACAACCGUAAGAUUGGAGAUCGUAAGAGUAGACUGAUGCAACAUAUAUUGCAAGAUAUCACCUGUAAUCAGCAAUUAAUUUGGAAAAGGGAGGCAAAAUUAAUAAUAUCGCCGGUAUAACAUUCAGAAGACAAGUCGCGAGUAUUGGUGCUCGAUGAAUCUGGACGACAUCAUGGAAAAUGAGAAUUCCCAGUAUAUUAAAAAAGAAAUGUUAGAAAAGGAGCUAAAGUCGGACAGAAUAUGGGUCCAAGUUGGUACAAUUUUUAACAUAUUCAUGCGUCCUUUGCUCUCGGGCCAGAUAAUGGUAUUUCCACAAUACUCAUGUAACACUAACGGCUUGAGUGGGAUCGACGGCAAUUCCAUAAUACGAAACAACAUGAUCGUUGUAUACAACCGGCAAACCCGCUGCAUCCAACAAAAUGAGCUAAACUUUAAUCUUAAAGACAUAAUAAUUAAAGUCAGAAAAAAUUUGGUGAAAUUGAUGGCUCCAAACAUGAAAAGAUUAAUCUUGAACAUGAAUAAUAUCGUUGACAAUAGUGCAGAUAUUCUUUGCAUGACAUCUUAUCGUGAAAUGUACACGGUUUAUUCAAAUUGUAUUGAUUGCGGCGAAGAUGCAGCCAUAUGGAUAUCCAGAUACUUAAAUCACCCCCAUCUGCGUUUGGGAUAUAUUACACACAAAGAGAAUUCGAAAUACAUGUUUUGGCGCAACGUAGAAGCUUUAAAAAUCUACCAAGUGGAUGAGAGAAAUGUUACGUUCCCUGACAAUAUUAUGCCGCGUCUUACGUUGAUCUCGUAUCGAUCGUACCUUGAGGUAAAUAAAUUAUUGAACAACCCUGUGACCCUAGACCAAUAUAAUGCGGAUAUUUGCAUUAUACCGAAUAACACGGAACCUUUCGAGGAGCUUAAGUGGGAAUGGAUCAAGAUAGGCGAUGUUAUUUUGAAAAAUGUAACUACGUGCAAAGGCUCACAAAUUAACGUGAAGAACAUACCGUUAGAAAUGAAAAUAAAAAUGUUGGUAUUGGACUGCGAAUUGUACGAAUCUGGAACGUUCCGAUCAGGCGAUCAUAUAUACACCAGAUAAUAUUCAAAAAAUUCAACUGAUAUCGAGAAUAAAAAGUUAAGUAUUUUAUAAAUGAAGAGUGACUUGCAUACGAACAACUGUCACUCUAGUUUCCAACUGAAGAGAAAUCAAAGAGCAUAAGAAGAGAUUCAAAAAGCGUCUAAUCGUAGACUUGUUGUAAUAAUCUAAGAACUAAAAUUAUUAGAAUAAGUAUACCGAUUUAUUAGACAGCGUUGAUGAAAAUUACAAGAUUUUUAAAAUCGACGGAACUCAUCCGAGUACUUAAAUUUCAAAUGUUCUAUUUAUUGGAAAUAUAAGAAGGAAGUAAGGAAAGUAUUUUUCAAUAUUACGUUGGUUUAAAUCUUUACAUGAAAUUGUUUUACUUUUCAUUAUUUUGCAUCAUGCACAACGUUCUCGUCUUUAUAUUUGUGUUAAUAAUAAACUCAUGACUAAUAAUACUAGGUAUAUUAUUAGUUAGAUUAUAUUAAUUAAAUCAUAAUUAUUGAGACAAUUAAUAUUUAUUAUCAACUAGCAAACAUAUAUAUAAUGUACAUGUAGUGUGUUUUAUUAAUGUUUAUUAUUAACUAUUCAUUUGUUCCUAUUAAUAUGAUUUAUAUUUGCUAAAUGUCCUUCUUCCUACAUUUUUAAAUAAAUAUAUUUGAUUGCUAUAAUAAAAUGUCUUAUAC